CAAGUGCAUUUAUAAAAAAUACAAAGGCUUUUUUGUCCCAUAGUUAUUGGAAUGACAAAAAAAAAUAAUCAGUAGAAAUUCCAUUUGCAAGCUGUAAUAGUAUCUUUGAGAAAAUUUCGCUAAAUAUGAUCUAAUUAACUUAUUUGCCCAUUUACACGCACACAUAUGACGCAUAUUAUCGCUUAAAUAUUAGAUAAACAAUACUUUACAGUGCAUUCACUCUUAAUUAUAUAUUUAUUUUUCCCAGGCAGCAACACUCUGGCUACGGCUUCGAGGCGUUUUUCUUUUUUGUUGUACUGAUAAAACACAAUACGAGAGAAGAAGUAUAAAGUCGGAUUACUCACCACGCCAUUGCGGUUGAAGAAAACUAGGUCUUGCUCGCAUCAACACCCACAUAAUGCCGAUAUUAUAUAGUGUUAUAGCCCGUGGCACGACGGUGCUGGCUAAGUUUGCGGAAUGUGUUGGCAAUUUUGCCGAAGUAACGGAACAAAUUAUGGGCAGGAUUGGCGUCCACAAUCACAAAAUGACCUACACACACGGCGACUAUUUAAUACAUUACACUUGCGAAAAUAAGCUGAUCUACAUGUGUAUAACCGACAACGAAUUUGAACUUCCACGCGCUUUUCUCUUCUUGGCGGAUAUAAGGCAGAAAUUUAUACAGACUUAUGGCCUACAGGUUGCCACAGCAAUUGCCUAUGCAAUGAACACGGAGUUCUCCAAAAUUCUGUCCCAGCAAAUGGUAUACUAUAGUCAAUCGCGAGAUGUGGAAACCUUAAGCCGUGUACAUGGCCAGGUUGACGAACUGAAAGACAUAAUGAUUAAGAAUAUUGAUAGUCUGCGCGAUCGGGGCGAGAAACUGGAGCUGUUGGUCAAUAAAACAGAGAACUUAAGUAACAAUUCAGUUGCAUUCCGCAAAGCGUCGCGCAAUUUGGCACGUCAAAUGUUUUGGAAAAAUAUUCGCGUCUACCUUGUCGUCGGCUUAGUGAUCAUAUUUAUUAUUUAUGUAAUUGUAAGCAUGGCCUGCGGUGGCCUUGCCUGGCAGUCGUGCAUUCAAUAGGCCGACGCAAUGCGAAAGUUCGAAUUGUUAUAGUUCAUAGCGAUGUUUAUUUACAUAUUUAACUUUCGUACUAUCAUAAUCUCUGUUAUAUUUAAU